AUGCAUCUGCAUUCAUUCGUUCCAACCCUGGGCAUUCUUAGCCUCGUCAGCAGGCCAGUCACCGCAUUCGAUGAAGGCCUCUCACAAUACGUGAACCCGUUCAUCGGCUCAGAAGGCCCAGACGGCACCGGCUUCGGCGGCGGUGACAUCUUCGUCGGGGGUGCGCGGCCCUUUGGCGUCGCGAAAGUCGGAAUCGACUCGACGGCCGCGAAUUGGAGUACCGCCGUGCUGAAUGGUGGCUGGACGCCGGAUGGGAAUGUCACCGGCUUCAGUAUGAUGCAUGAGAGUGGGACGGGCGGGGCACCGAAGUAUGGGCUUAUUGCGCAGAUGCCGUUGACUACUGUCCAGACGCCAGUUAAUGUGUUGGAUAAUACGACGUACAGUCAGGCGAGGAUUGGGAAGGAUGUUGCCAAGGUGGGAUAUUAUAAAACGCGCUUGCAGAGUGGUGUGGAUGUUGAGCUUUCUGCGUCGCGCCAUGCUGGGAUUCUCGAGUAUUCCUUUCCCGAGGGCGAGAAGCAUAUUCUUGUGGAUCUCUCACAUGUGAUACCUCCCUGCCUCCCCGGCGACGCCGAUGGCCAAUUCUUCGCUGGCGGCGAGAUCCAGAUCGAGGAAGAUGGAAAAUCAUACAGUGGCUACGGAACCUACGUCGGCGGCUGGAACAAUGGCGCACCAUUCACCGUCUACGUCUACGGCGAAUUCAACAACACCCCAGACGAGGCGCAGACUUACUCGGGUGUAAACACAGACCCAAUGUCCCGCUCCCAAGGCCUAGCCAACGGCGGCGUCAGCACACCCAAAUUCAGCAACACAACCAAAACCACCUCAGGACCAAUGAACAACCGAAUCGGCGUGCUUCUAAGCUGGAACGACGGUCCCGCGUUCCGACUUGCCUCACGCGUGGGAAUCUCGUCUAUCUCAGUUGAGCGGGCUCGCUCAUAUAUCAAGGACGAAAUUUCGUCCUGGAAGCUGAAUGAUACUGUCGCGGAUGCAGUGAAGGAGUGGAAUGAGGAUGUUUUUAAUAAGGUGCAGGUCCCGCUCGAUGAUUCUGCGAAUAUGACACAUGUGAGACUUUUGUACAGCUCGCUGUAUUUCAUGCAUCUUAUGCCGUCGGAUCGGACGGGGGAGAACCCGUUGUGGGAUUCUGGAGAGCCGUAUUGGGAUGAUUUCUAUACCAUGUGGGAUAUCUUCCGCUGCACUGUCAGCUUUUACCACAUCUUCCAGCCGAAGUACUAUGAGUCUAUGAUCCGCAGUCUGAUUGAUAUCUGGAAACACGCAGGCUUCAUGCCAGACGGCCGUUCGGGCAACUGGAACGGCCUGGUCCAAGGCGGCUCCGACGCAGACAACGUCCUCGCCGACGCAUACGUCAAAGGCCUUCGCGGCUCCAUCAACUGGACAGAAGGAUACGCAGCGAUGGUCAAAGACGCAGAAGUCACACCAUACAACACCUUCGACCCGACAGAUUUCACCGCCAGCACAAAAGAAGGCCGCGGCGCCCUGGACGACUGGAAGGAACUGGGGUACGUCUCGCAGGACCGGAAUACGCGGUGUAUCUCGCGGACGGUCGAGUACAGUCUCAACGAUUUCUCGUUGGCGCAGGUAGCCAAGGGAGAAAAGCCGGGGGACGUGGAAAAGUAUCUCAAUCGCUCGGCUGGUUGGCAGAAUAUUUGGGGUGAGAACGUGCAAAGUCUCGGGUUUAAGGGGUUUUUGGCGCCCAGGCUUGCGGAUGGGCGGUUUAAUGAUAGUGGAUAUGAUCCGUUGCUGUGCUAUGGAUGUGAGUGGUCGGAUUAUACGUAUGAGGCGAUUCCUUGGGAGUUUAAUUCAGUUUAUGGGGGAGACGAGACGUUCGAGGCUCGACUGGAUAUGAUGUUUAAACCCAACAUGUCGAAGCAGAACCUCGGCGCCAACGGCGCAGGGAUCACGACGCUGAUUAACAUUGGCAACGAGCCCGACUUCGCCACGCCGUACCUGUACAACUACAUCAACAAACAAGCCAAGAGCGUGAUGCAAUCCCGCAGCCUGGCGGACCAAUACUUUAAGGACGCCGCCUACGGCAUCCCGGGUAAUAGCGACGCAGGCGCGAUGAACUCGUGGCUGCUGUGGCAGAUGCUGGGCAUCUACCCGAUCGUCACGCAGCCGGUGUACCUGCUGUCGUCGCCGUGGUUCCCGGAUCUGAACAUGACGAUCAACGGCGACAAGACGUUGCGGAUCCGGGCGUAUGGGCUGGAGGAGGGUUUCUAUGUGCAGGGGGUGAAGAUCAAUGGGGAGACGUGGACGAGGAAUUGGUUUGAGCAUGCGGAUGUUAUGGUGGAAGGCGGCACGAUCGAGUUUGAGCUCGGUAAGGAGGCAAAGGCGUGGGAGAAGGCAGAGGUGCCGCCGUCCCCAGGACAUGUCUCUUUAAGAAGAUAG